AUGGAUGAUACAAUGAGGGUGAUUGACACAGAAUCUAAAUCAUUCAAUGAGACAGAGGUUCCAACUGGUUCUCUACCCAAAGGCUUGACGAUAUCAAAAGAUGGAAAAACUUUUAUCGCCACGUUAAAUGAUGUACAUAUCAUCAAGGAUGGAAAAAUCGUUUAUAGUAUUCCGUUGCCUUCUCCCUCCGGUGCCAUUGCCAUUAACCCUAGUGGUACAGAAAUUGCGGUUGGAAGUGAAGAUGCUAAGGUUCGGAUUUACAGAGUAAAUAAUGCCGAACUCGAGGAGAAAGAACGAUUAACGGACAACCGAGGUGCAAUCACAGCUAUUGCAUAUUCUCCCGACGGGUCUCUGCUUGCUGUAGGGGACUCCCUAGGAAAAAUAAUUGCGUAUGACGCGGAAAGCAAAAAGAACAAGGAAUUCUACUGGGGCUUUCACACCGCAAAGGUUAAUUCUAUUGCUUGGUCGCCUGAUAGCCUUCAUGCUGCAAGCGGUUCGCUGGAUACCAAUGUCUACGUUUGGAGUGUCGAAAAACCGACGAAAAAUGUUGCCAUAAAAGGCGCUCAUCAGGUUAACGUUAAUGGAUUGAGACCAUCAGAGAGAAAAUUGUUGGAACCGUAUCUAAGGGAAAUUGAAAAACUUCAAAACGAAAAUGCAAGCUUAAAGAGGGAUCACCGUGUGAUUGAAUCGCGCCAGGAAGAAAUCAUCAAGAAUCAACUCAAGGACCUUGCGAUGACCAAGAGGUUGCUGUCCGAAACGCAAGAAGACUUUGAUCUGUUAUUAAAGAAAUACAAUAUUCAUAUCGAUGAAGCUUCGAAUGUUAAUAAGAAGAAGACCGAAAAUUUCACUCGGAAUUCCACGACUUCAUCCUCACGCGAUGAUCGUAAAGCCCUAAUCACUCUGCAAGAAUCGAUUAAAGAUAUUUACGACUUAAUUGAAAGGGCUAGAGGGAAUUACGGUAGUUCGAGGAAUAGCCUAGGAAUGGAUACUGGCAAAGAUGUGAAAGCAUGUUCUGAAGACGGCGACGAAGAUUUUGACGACCUAAAAGCGAGAAUCAGAAAGAUGAGCUUGCAACUUGCGCUUUGCCAGAAAGAAUUAGAAAUCACGAGUGAUGCAAAUCAGAUUGCUCGUGACACCUCCAAGUUUAUGCUCGAGAUUCUCCCUUUUAAAGAUCUCGCGUCGAGGCCUUCAAUAUCAGGUCUUGAUCCUGAGAAAGAUUGCAAAGUGAACGAGGAACAUCGAAAUUUUAAAGACGAGACAAACAUUGAAGUCGAAUCAAAGUAUGAUGCAGAUAUUUUUCAUGCGGAACCAGUGGAUUACAUGGAUAUUGAUCCUAAUGUCGGAUCAAUUUCCCAAAAUUCCGUCCCAAUCUCAAGGUCUACUUCAAAUCCAACUUCACUGAAUUCAAUGUCCAAAUGCUUGGCCACAAAAGAUACGGACGAAACGAAAUCUAACGAUAUUAAUAUUAUAACGUCUGAUUGCUGCAAUCCAACAUUCGAAGCUGUCGAUGAGAUAACACCCAACAACUUGAAUGCAUCAAUUAAACUUCCCACGAAGUCAUUUGUAUCCUUCCCGACAAGACCCUCACCACUCUUCAAUAGUCCUAUGCGCUCAAUGAAUACUGGUUUCGUCACCUUUACAAGAGCACGCGACGCGAAAUUCAAUGAACCAACAAUCUAUAGAAAAUUCACGAACGAUUCCUCAUACAAAAGGUAUUACGUAUGCGAAUGGGACGAAUGUGCAAGGUUCUACGUGACAAAGAAAGAGUUGAAG